AUGGUCAAACGUAAGAAACAUGAUAAGGAUAAGUACUAUAAUCUUGCUCGACAACAAGGUUAUCGUGCCCGUUCAGCAUUUAAAUUGAUUCAAUUGAAUAAAAAGUAUGAUUUUCUAUCAACUGCAAAAGUCUGCAUUGAUCUUUGUGCUGCACCUGGUGGAUGGUGUCAAGUUGCAGCAAAGUAUAUGCCAGCAUCAAGUAUUAUUCUAGGUAUUGAUUUACUACCAAUUCGUCCAAUUCGAGGUGUCAAGACAUUUCAAUGUGAUAUUACCACAAGUCGUUGUCGUCAAAUUAUCAAACAAGAAAUGCAAAGCUGGCAAGCAGAUAUCGUUCUUUGUGAUGGAGCUCCAAAUGUUGGUGCUGAGUACUCUAAGGAUGCUUACGUACAGAAUGAAUUAUCACUUGUGGCAUUGAAGUUAGCAGUUGAUGUCAUGGCGCGAGGUGGAACGUUUGUAUCAAAAGUCUUUCGUUCACAGGAUUACAAUGCUUUGCUCUGGGUCUUCAAGCAAUUGUUUAAAAAAGUGAGCGCGACAAAACCUUUGUCAUCGCGGAAUGAAUCGGCCGAGAUUUUUGUAGUGUGUGAACAAUUCUUGGCACCACAGUCCAUUGAUCCAAAACUGUUUGACCCCAAGUAUGUUUUCGACCAAGUUGAGACACAAGAAAAGACAAUUACGAUCUUUCAUCCAAAGUUUGGCGAGCGCAAACGGCAUCGUGAAGGCUAUGACGAGGCGCUUGGUGUGACGUUGACGAAUGAGUGCAGUGUGACACAAUUUAUUGAUGACCAUGAUCCCAUUCGAUUGUUGACCGACACUACUAGUAUCAAAUUCUUACCAGAAGAUGACGUGUAUCGUGAACACAAUGACACAUCCGAUGAAAUUGUGACUUGUUUGAGUGAUCUUAAGGUGCUUGGCAAGUCUGACUUUAAGAUGCUGUUGAAAUGGCGAAGUCGCAUGCUGAAGUUUAAGGAAGAACUUUUGAAGGCGGAAAACUGUGAUGAACUCAAGACAAAGGAUAAUUCUGAAAAACCAGAAGAGCCUGGGCGUGAAUUGACUGAGAAAGAGAAAGAUGCUCUUGUUUGUGAGGAAUUGUCCCAGCUUCAAGCUAAUGUUCAGGCAAAGAAGAAGCGUGAAAAAAAGAAGGAGCGUGAGCGCAAGCAAAAACUUCGUAUUCGUGCUGCGCUUGGAAUGAACGCAGAAGGCAUUGACGUCACUGCAGCGGAGUCUGCUUUCAGUUUGAAGGAGCUGAAGCUGACAAAGAAAAAGAUUGACGACCUUGAAAACGCCGGAGCUGAAUCAUCGUCUGACGAGGAGCUUGAGUUUGAGACUGACGUUGAAGACGAAGAUGCUGCUCUUGAGGACAGUGAUGCCGAGUACGACGAAUUGCUGGAAGCGUCGAUGGAGAAAUCGUAUGAUGAGUACUUAACACGCCGUGGCGAUGAUGUGAAGACUCGCAAGGCGGUGAAGCGCACGAAGGUUGCUAAACGAGCUUUGGCUGGUGAGGCCCUUGUGGAAGACAGCACAAUGUUUGACGGCGACAUGAAGCAGUACCAAAAGAUGAUCAACCCAGACGAGAGUUCCGAUGACAGUGAUGACGAAGAGGAUGAUAUGAAUGUGUUUUUGAAAGUCCCUGAAAAGUCAAAUGCUGCGGUGUCUCGUUGGUUUUCUAACAACAAAAUGUUUGACGGCAUUCUCGAAACAGACGAGUUGGCGUUGCCUCAGAUGCCAAAGACCGACAAGGAGAUUCGUCAUGCUAAGCGUAAAGCAGCAUUGGAACGCAAAGAACGCCGUGCGCUGAAGAAAGUCAAGAACGAGGAAAAGGAGUACGAGCUGGAGUAUGGCACCGAGUUUGACGUUGCUGCUGCAGAACAUUCUGACGAUGAAGCUGCAAUGGCCGCCGAAGCAGAAAGCGACGAUAAAAUUUCUGCUGAGAAGAAGGCGCUGAUUCGCUCUGGCAUGGGUGCUGCGCUGAAGAGCAAUGACAGCUCGACAGACAAGUUUGAGGUUGUUGCUGCUGGUGACGAGCCGGAUGAGAAUGCUCUGCAGGUCAUGGAUGAGCGCAAGUACGACUCGGACCACGAGGAGUAUGAUGCUGAAGAUCGUGCUAAGACUCUUGCUCUUGCAAGUAUGAUGGUUCAGAAGUCAAAGGCAAAGGACCUGAUUGAUGCAAGCUACAAUCGCUACACAUGGAAUGACUCGGAGGCCUUGCCCGAUUGGUUUGUUGAUGAUGAGGAGAAGCAUUACCGACCUCAAAUCCCGAUUCCAAAGAAUGUCCUGGCACAGAUGAAGGAACGGUUUAUGGAAAUGGCUACCAAGCCUGUCAAGAAGGUGGCCGAGGCUCGUGGUCGUAAGCAGCGAAUGCAAAUGAAAAAGCUGAAGGCAGCCAAGAAGAAGGCAACGGACAUUGCUAACUUGCCUGACAUGUCGACACGCGAGAAGCUCAAGGCUAUUGACCGUGCCAUGAAAGGUGCUCACCUCAAGAAGGAAAGCAAGGUGUAUGUUGUGUCGACGCGUGGUGGAACCAAGACUGCUGGUGGUAAGAAAGCUGGCAAAGGCAAGGUCAAGCUUGUGGACCCGCGCAUGAAGAGUGACAAGCGCAACGCUGAAAUCCGUGCGAAGCGUGGCAAGAAGCGGAAAAGAUAA